AUGACAGCUAUCCGGCGCCGAAACACCGAUAGACACUCAGACGAAAGAACCAUGGCGGCCACGGGUGGAGGGAAAAUUAGAAGCAGGAGAUAUCAUAUCGCCUCUAAACCUUACGCCAAGAAUAAACAGGUAAAACAAAGAAACGAUUUCGUGCUCACAGCCCGCGCCGAACACCUUACUAUGACUGUUGUGCCUCGAUAUCGUAUCUCUUGAUAUUGUUUUGUUGGAGACAUUUUGUGGCCUGCCGUUAGCGCUCGUGGCCUCCACGCGCAGCUAGCAUGUCCGCGAGAUGCUAAUGAACUAGCUGGCUCGCUUACACGUUAGCCUGAUCACACGGACUUGACAGGUCAAAUUGCACCUCAGAGAUUUGAUUAGAUUGAGCAGCCGGCCCAAAGAUAAGUACAACGAUAGGUUUGGAUGAUCCACAGUAUGAGCAGUGUCUGCGUUUUUAGGUGUUACAAAAGUUAGCGGAAAGCUAGGAAGUAGGAUUUGAAGCAUUAGCCGAUGUGGCUAAUGCGAGGAUUGCAUUGUUGUCUCCGGUUCCUUAGUCGCCGGUAGGACUAACGUGAUCGUUGGAUCUUAAAUCACGUCUGUCUUAAACCACAGGUGGCUCCUUUUAUGAGGUAAAACGUGAAGACCGUGUCGCCGACCUGUCGGAAGUCGUUUUAGGUGGCAGUUGGCGUUAGCAGCGGCUAAAUUUUGGUCAGUUGUGUUGCGCAGGAAGCUUUAGCUGAUUGGAAACCCACAUGGUUAAACUGAGUGGGAUCACCUGCUGCUCGGAUCCCAGCUGAUGCUGCUGGUUUCAUAACCACACCGCAUCGUUUCCCGUAAACGACAUGCGUCCUAUGGAUUUAUGGUAUUAUUCUAAUAACGAAGAAAAUCAUGAUGAACCAUAAAGGAAGUUUGUUUACAUUUAAAGUCAGCCUGAUCAUACCAGAGAACAAAAUAACUCCAAUUACUCUUGUUGAUAAACAUGUGGAUAUUAAUAACACUGAUUGGUCGUUUAAUCAUGAGAACCAUGUAAGCAGCACUUAAGAUAGUCCUCAUACAUAGUUGUCGUAAGAGUUAAAUUCAAUAUCCCUAUGUGUCACCUGAAAUUUAGCCAUGAGUUGUUAUAUUUUUUAUUAAAACAACUACAGUGAAUACACACAACUUUGAGACACAACAAUUUAACAAUCUGAGAAAUCUUACUAAAUACAAUGUUAAAUUCUUUCUUCAGGUAGCUUCUACAGUUUAAUUUUUGGAUGACAUGGUCUGAUAAGUUGUAAUUCUCCUUCUAUCUAGUGAAUUGUUGAAAUUGUAGCUGCUGUCGGUGAUGAACUGGAGUGCAUUAUCUUGGACAGUGUUCCCAGUAAUUUUCUCUCUUCAUGUUUGUCAAUGAAAUGGACAAAAUAUGAAGAACACCUCUAAAAAUAAACUCCAAUGAUAGUUUAUAAAAUUAGUAAUAAAAGCCUUGAAGAUCUACAGGUAUACAUAGAAAAUGGUGAAGUCAAGCUCAAAUCAACAGCAGAGGUUAUCACUGUAAUAAAAAAAAAGAGGGCAUUUAAGGUCAAAGUGUCAGGGCAUAUCAGGCAAAGGGUUUUAAAGAGAGGUUAUGACAGAGCAACACCUACUUACUUCAUCUACAAUAACUGAUCAUUUCAACAAAAACUCAUUAUUUAGAAGCUGCCUGACAGUACAACUGUUGUACUGGAUUACACUAGAUUAUUGCCCAAUGUUAUGACUGAUCAGUCUAUAAACUUAUCUUCAUGCAUUUAUGUCUCGGUUGUUCAGAUUAUUGGCAUUAGUAAACGUUGUCUCUCUACUCCAUCUACCUUCAAUGGGAAAAAAAGACUAAUAAAAAGAGCUUUCAGUUCAAUUUCAUGCUGUAAUAAAAGUUCAUUUGAAAAUAUUUCUGCUGAAUAGCCAUUUAAUUGAUCCAUAAAAACCUUGAAACUGCUCUCACUGACUCAAACAUAAUUUAGAGCAGGCUUGAAGUUUAAUUUCACAUUGGUUUCAGCUCGGCGGGUUGACCCAGAAAGCAGAUUUUAUUUUUUAAGUAGCCUUAGGUCGUUUCGCAUUUGUGUGCAACUCCAACUCCAAUUUUUCAGCAUUGAAUGUUAACUCAAAAAUUACAUGUCUUGAACUGAAAAGGCAUUGAUGGGAAGAAACCCUGUUAGUAAAAGCAUAACUAGAAACAUGUACUUCUGACAUUUAGUUUUAAUUAAUGCUAAUUUGAGUAAAUUGAUGCCCCUGACCUGUCAUACAGCCAUUCUAAUCAAACCUUUUAGUGCAUAUGUAUUUUAAAAAGCAGCCAAUUAUGCAUAACUGCAUUUAAGUGUAUCUCCAUUCAAAGCAGACAACACUACCAGUCUUUGAAAAGUGGUUUCUAUCUUUAUUAUCCUAAAUUCACAUUGAAGUAAAGAAAGCGAAAGAAGGGUGACAUUUGAUCUCAUGUAAUGUUGCUGCUACUUCUGUUUUCAUUUUUCAUCCCGAGGCUUGCUUGGUUACCAAAAUGGCACUUUUUUUCAUCAAGCACCUAAAUAACCUGCAUAAUUAUAGGAAAAAAAAUCUGUUUCAGUGGUGUGCAGAGACCAAAAAUCUCAACUUAUCACACGGCCACAUUCAUUUCCUUCUGAUUAAGCUUUGGGCGUCAUACUCAUCACAUCUCUUUCAGGGUUACUUUUUGGCUUGAAUGCUGAUCUUUCCUGGUACUAGCAAAAUGUAUACGACUACCUGCACCUUUACUUGUUAGCUUUCAAAGAGAGAGCUGUAGUUAUUAAAAGGCUACUUGGUCACAAUACCCUAUACAGAGCAGAAAUGCAGCACCAUCAAAGCGUCAUGAUGGUCGCUCAUUAAAAGCACGAUAAACUAGCACUACAGCGGUUAUCACACUUGCCCUUGACUGGUAACAGUUGUGUUUUUAUUUGCACAUAGGUUAAAGUGCAGAGUGGUCCACAGGUGUAUUUUGUAGAUAAGCAGGAAGCAAGAGGCUCAGAUCACUCUUAUCAGGUCUUGACAGCUACCUCGGGUCGAACAGCGUAUGAAGUGAUGCACUCGCAAGAAAGACUCGAUUGUUAAUUGUUUUCUGUUCAGUAGACUUUCUCCAUCAGCAACAUGAAACAUGGAAGACCUAUAGAUAUGAGUUAAAGCAGAUUGUGUUCUCUCCUUUUGUACAUUCACAGUGUUAUGUGGUUAUUAUCCACAGAGGCUCGAUAAGAGAAACCAGACUGCUGCAAACUCAAGUUUAGAAAUUUAAGCCCUUCAUCUUGUGGUUGGAUUACAUUAAAAAAAAAAAAAACAGUAUACAAACAAGGAUAAAGGGAUUUGAUUGCUCAUAAGCUUGACUUUUCCCGCCACUUUUGAAAAAGCGAUAAACACUGUUGAGGUUAAACAUUAAUGAAAGAUUGAUAAAGGAGCCUGACGAGUGGCUGAAGUAAAGGGGGAGCACCAGUCUGAAUCUUAAACUCACAAGUUUUGCUCAAGGCAUCAUUUUGACAUCAUUUUGAAAACCACUAGGAACAGAAUAUAGUGCUGACCUAACUACCUAUUGAGAGACGGUGGAUAAUAUUCCAAGUUUACCGACUCAAACCUGUAAGUGUCCUACAUUUAUCCUUUCAGUUCUCACAGCUUGUGCUCCUUUCUGUGUGUGAUGUAGGACUGAACAAACAAGACUGAACAAUGUCGAUCUAAAUUCAUUUGACACUGAACCUUAGUAGCAUACAGUUCAGACAAGACUCAGUCGCUCGCUGCUUCACAGAAGCAUACACAGUCUUUGACCCAGUUUCCAUCCUACUGAGCGUGUUUGGCUUUGCACUCGGGAGCACCAAUGGCUUCUCAUUACACGCAGGGCUGUGCAGCUUUUCAAAAUAUUAUAAUGCAGUACUGACAGAUUAAAGACUUAAAAUGACUUUUAUCCUGAGAUUGUUCAAAAGGAUACCUAAUUUGAUGAUACUUAUUUUAUCCUUUUGAUCAAAUCUAGUUCUCCAUUUUAAGUAAAUGUUAACCAGUGUGUAUUUCUGUAAAGUUGACACUAAAAACUCAGACCAGAUUUAAGAUUUAGGCCUGAGACUUUUACAACAAUGGGACCUAAGUUAGGUACAGUUAAGUGGAUGAUGUCAAACUAUUAUUUACCAAAAAGUAAUGUUACAGAAGUUUCCCAGUAACUAGAAACGUUUGCGUACUUUUCUAAACAGCAUAGAAACACAGUUGCAGUCAUCAGCAGCAGAAAUAGAUGCUGCUCCAGACUAAAGGUUCUUACACACCGGGGCCAACACGAAUAUAGAACGCGAAAUCGUGAAAUAUUCGAAGGCGAAUUUUGACCCGCCUGACUACACACAUCAAGCCCUAUGUGAUUUUGAGACUUUUAUGGGGGAAAGUCCCGCCUCCUUCGCCUCUGAUUGGCUAGAAAAGCUGGAAACGUCAUCACACGCUCAAUUCAAACGGUCAGCACUUAACAGCCAAUCAGGGGUGAAGGAGGGCGGGUCUUUCCCCUGGAAAAGUCUUCGCCAGGAUGCGUCUUUUCCCCCUGGAAAGUCGCAAAAUCGCAUCGGGCUUGAUGUGUAUAGUCAGGCAUGUCGUGUGAUCAUUAUGGGGCUUAACAAAUAGACUGACCAUCAAUUAGUCCGGAGGAGGAAACAAAUAACUGCCUAUUAACUAAACAAUAUGCUUCUUUGUCUCCCUUUUUGUGUGUGUUACAGCAACAGUCAGGCCUCAUCAGUCGAGUGACAGACACAGUAAAGAGCAUAGUUCCCUCCUGGCUGCAAAAAUACUUUAAAAAUGGAGAUGAGGGAGGAGGGAUUGCACAUGGGUCAGAGCAGAACUGUGAGCUGCCUCCACCUCCAAAUGGCAGCGAAGAGGGACCUCCUCCCCUUGAUGGACGAGACUCCCCAGAACCAAGCACCAGUAACACAGGUGAGGGUGUCGAUUCCAGGAGUUGAAUUCCCUUGAAUCAAAACUGAGACUUUAACUAACUAACAUAACUUUGUUCAUUUUUGCCUUCAAACAGAGCCCUCAACCAGCCGGGCCUCCCUGAACUUUCAGGACUAUGUGCUGUCUCGACCUCCACUUAGUCGCUCUCACCUCCACUUUCCCCCCCUGGAUGCCUCCUCCCCUGUCCUGGGGGCUUCCAGCAACCUCUUCUCUCAGCCUUCCACCUCCUCAGCCCCCGGACCCUUUACUACAGGCUUCUCCUUGGUCAAAGAAAUCAAGGACAACCUAUCACAGCACGAGGACGAUAACAUCUCCACCACUAGCGGCUUCUCCUCCCGCGCCUCUGACAAAGGUAGAGUAGUUUUUGUUUUAUUAUUCACACAGGGAGCCAUUUCAAGAGAGGUGAAAGUGUACAAAUCAUCAAAUGGAAAAAUGGAGGCAGCUUUUCAUGUAUUGUUUCCCUUCACGAUGGCAGAAGAUAUCUAAACUUCGCACACCUGAGAGUAGAGUAGGAACGAUGUUAUUGUAUAUUGGGAUGAAGACUUCAAAACGUCCCUGAGCACGUGAAGAUAGCUUUCUAGAUCUAUCUUCUGUUUCAUAUCUCUCUUAUUUCUCUCUCUUUUCCACAGAUGUCCCCACUUCUAAAACAGCAUCACUUCCCCAACUUUGGUCCCCAGAGACAGACAGAACAAACUCUGGGUCUCAUCCCACCCAGUCUAGUCUGAAAAGGCCUGCUUUCAACCUGUCUGUGUUUGGAACUUCAUCCAACGUGAGUAUCUGUCCGCUAAUACACCGACAGACAGAGGAAGAGAAACUUGUAGCUAACUGUGCUUCGUUUUUGAGUGUUAGGGUUGUACUCAGAAUCAGAAAUGCUUUAAUAAUCUCCAGGGGGAAAUUGCUUAUUGUUACAGCAACUUCAGUGCAAAUAAAGUAGAAAGAGGAGAUAAAAAAUAGAUAAGAUAAGUUAUAAAAAAAAAAGAGAGAUAAUCAGAUAAAAUAAGUAAAAAUAAAUAGAAAAUAAGUAAAAAUAAAGAGAUAAUCGAGAUAAUCUUGAACUUCAAUGAUUUUAUAGCUCUUCAAAUGUGUCCAUAUCCCACAAACCUAAAUCAAAACUACUCCUGAAUACACAUAAUCGAGGAAAACAAAGGUUCUCUGCACACAGGCAGACUGGCCCUGAUUUGUUGCAUCCAGCUUCACUUGUGUGAUCAACAUGCCGAUGUUUACUCUUUACAAGCGUGGCAGGUUGCCAGUCACCACACCUUGUCGGUUCUUAACGGCCGAUCUGCAGUAGGAAGCAGUCAGACUCAGAUUUGUGCCUGACAAGACAAGUAAUGUCAUUAAAAAAAACUCAGACAGUUCAAGUCUCAACUUGUUGCAUUACAGACUGUCAACAUCAGUGGCAACAUGUCCCACAUUAACCCCGGCUGCCUUUCAUUAUAGUCAGAUCCUUGAGAAGACGACUUGAUGGAUAGAAAAGAGUGUCAGCGUUUACUGGAUUUAAAUCAGUGGUUCCCAAACUUUUCUGCGAUGCCCCCCUUUCGAGGAGGAAAAUUACAUGUUUUCCCAGCUACUCACACCCUUUAUCGUGUCUCUGCACCUCCUCCAAGUGGGAGUCACACCACACACUUUGAGAACCGCUGAAUUAAAUGAAUGUUUGUUAAAAAGAUACAGGAUUUAAACACAGUUUUGCUCAUAACACUGAAUUGUUUCGCCACACAAAACGACUAACCCUCAUUUUGUGUUAAGCAGAAGUUUGUUUAAUCGUACAAUGAUGUGCCGGUUCUAAGCCCAAGUUCAAUUUCUCCCUCCCUCCCUCCCUCUCCCAGUCAACAUUCAACAACACAGUGCUAAACUCCAGCCAGCUUGGAGAUUCACCCUUUUACCCUGGGAAAACAACAUAUGGUGGAGCUGCUGCAGCCAGGAGCUCUCGCGCCCGUCCUGGGACACCGUACCAGGUGAGUUAGUGAGAGUCACAUGAUCUACCAACUGAGACCUCUCUCAAAGCUGCAAAAUAAUGUCAACACUUUGAUAAAAUAUCGCUAAAAAGGCGCUGCUAUUUUAACCUCGCUGUGCAUAAAGCGUUGUGUUAUCAGUGUCGCUUGUUAUCAUUUUUUAUUGCUAGCCGUUUCACUCCAGCUUUGAUAUCCAGCAGAUUGUAGGACCAUAACAUUUAAUUCCUAGCACUGACAUAACAGGACAAGUGAAUGUUAUGACUUUAUAACCAGAGACUUAAUUAGCUUUCUUAAUCUGUAGGCCCCUGUAAGGAGACAGAUCAAAGCAAAGCCUGCUGGAGCUCAGCCUUGUGGGGUGACCAGCGCCACCGCCAGACGCAUCCUGCAGUCUUUAGAACGCAUGUCGAGCCCACUGGCUGUAAGUACACACACACAAACACACACCUCUGUCCAGGAUUCUUCUAAUGUCAGAUAAUGACUGUGAUUUAUGGUCAGUAAUAUUUAUCAAAUAUUUUUUCGUCUUCUCCAGGACGCCAGGAGAAUCCCUGCUGCAGCAUCAUCGCCCCUUUCAGCCGUAAGAUUUGUUCCCGUGUUUAAACAAACGUUAGCAUUAGCAGUGUUGCUGUGACACAUUUUAUAAUACAAUGGGAAAUAUUCUUUAUCAGCAGAUAUAUGUGAAACCCCCCCCCUCAACAGUCAUGACAGUACAGGACGUAUUUUCACUUGUGUUUUGUCUUCACAGAUGGAUGGCACAAACCUGGACAUUUCACUUUUCCACUCAAAAAAGAAACGGGUAAGGAGACUUCUGUCAUGUCUGAGUUCUCACGCUGGGAUUGUCUGUUUUCAUGUGUCGCUUUCCUUAUUAAGACUGGUUCCUCUGAGUUUUUAUUUUCUUUGAAACCACAAGCUGUAUGACCCCGAUUGACCCAAAGCGUGUUUGUGCAGCUCAGCAAACCUGGUCCGCUUGUGUCUUCUGUCCAGUGUGGUUGUGUCUCAGCACAAAGCUCAGUGAUAGAAACAGGGAUAUCAUUGUACAAACCCAGCAGCACAUGUGUUAGUUUAUCCGCUGCCUGUCGGCUUCCUCUGCACCUGUUAACAGGAUUCUCCAUGGCUGGGGCACAGCUGUUUGCCACUGUGUGGAGCGUGUGUGUAGUUUUUUUUCAUGAUACACAGAAUAAGGUGCACAAGUUUGUGAGUGUGUGUUGGUGUUUGUGCUGAGUUUGAAGUGUAGGGCAUUGUUGAAUGGUGCCAGCACAGUAAUAGCCAUCAGGUCUUUCUGACUGUGAAAGCUGCUUUGUAAACCCAAGCCAUAGGGUUUUUUUAUUAUUAUUUUAAUUAAAAAAAUUUUUAAAAAACACAUCUCUCAAAAACAGAACCUAACAGGGAGCACACACUGACAUCAUUAGUUGUUAAAGGUAUCUUAGUUUUCAAAGAGAAAAAAAAACGGGUUCAUCACAUAUUUAGACAAAAUCUGAUCUUACAGGUUUCACACACUCCGUCCAUUUAGACCACACUUGAUAAAAUUUUUCUCUUUGUAAUUUGAGGGAAAAUGACAUUUUUUUCCAUUCAAGCCAUAGUUUUAUUUACCCUUUUCAGUGGCCCAAGAUCUGAGCCGGUAUAUGGUGGCUGAGUUUUGUUGUAGGGCUGUACCAAGACCACAUCAGUAAUGCUGUUUAAUCAAUAUGAAAGGCUUGUACUGAGAUUUGAAAAACAGGCUGACAGCAAUUUUUGUAAUCAAGAAAACGAAAUGGCCCAUCUUAGCUAAUCACAGAAACAUUAUUCUAAACCAGCAAAUCUACAGCUGAAAGAUCAUCUCACCAGUUGUGAAAACUAUCCGACCAUUUCUAAAUUUCACCUACGCCUGAGUCGGAAUCCAGCAUUUCCUCUUGAGCAAUUUAACCCCACUGGACAACUGAUAGUUAUACAUCCAUAGUGAACUAAUACAGUUAAUAUGGAGGCUAAUGUUACAUCAAACACAGUAACGCCCAAAUUGAGGCACUUCCAUAUCCAUUCCUUUGUUUCUGAACGUGUCUGCAUUCUUACUCUCUCUCUCUGUAAUUCAGAUGCAUUCAUCCCCGCCACCGGUACAGAAGCUGGUGGUUCCCGCUGCAGCUUCAGUGUCGGGGAACCGCUCUGUGUCGUUCAGACCGACUCUGACUCCUGGAGGAGUGAGCAGAACUGUGGACAGAACCUCGAGGGAAACAGUGAGUUCUGCGUUAUUACACACCUCUGUUUUUCUAUGGCAAAUGAAGUUAUUUAAAAAAGGGUCACGUACUAGUUUGAUGUUUAUAUGUGAUACUGAUAUUUGAUGCUGUUUGAUUCACUCAGCCAACAAGACAAUCACCACAACUACCUGAAGCAACCCCAGGUCCAUCUCAAAGGUAAGACAUUUCCUGUUUUAUUUCCAGGUUGUAUUCUUUUUUGUUUUUUGUUUUUGUUGGAAUGAAUAAUACCUCCUCCUUUUUCCUAUGAACAAAGAGAGACAUUAUAACUUAUAACACUCCCAGUUGAAAUCAGGUUUUAUUGUUCAUUAUUGUCAUUUGACUGCCCUGUCUCUCUUGGUUGUAUUUGUGUCACUCACUACGCUCCGGUCCUGUCUGCUUUGUCACGUCUAGCACAAUGGGUUUCAGUGGGUCAGCCUAUCCUCUGUCCAGUACGCCUGCUGCCAGCGGUGUGGGCUCAGGAGGGGGCAAGAUGAAGAGGGAGAGGACGACUGCGCGGCCUUCCUCCAAACGCCCUGAAGAGGAUGAGGUGAGGGAUGAAUAAGUUAUUUCUGUUUUUGAUGCAGUUGUUGUUUUGAAUUAAAGAAGCAGAUGAUUUCAUUUAGUGAUAAGAUGUAUUUUCUCUGGAAGCGGAGCUGACAGAAAUACUCGUCUCCUGAAUUUCAGGUGGCCGAGGUACCGGACCUUCCAACAAUUUCACUCCCCAUCAGCACCUCUGCUCUGCCCACCUUCAGCUUUACCUCCCCACUCCCACCUCCUACUACAUCCACCACCAUCAGUAACAUCGCCAACGUCACGCCCAUCACUCCCACUAAGGAAACAAAUAAGGUUGGCUCAAAGAGAAAAGUUCACAUUUUAGAGCUGUUGCUACAAAACUACAGAAACAACUCGCUAAUUUCUUUUCUUUCUCCCUGUUUUCAGGAGCCACAGAUGGCCGCCACACCUCCAUGUGUACCUUUUACAUUUUCCUCCCCAAUUGUCAAAGCAACUGCUUCUAGCCCACCAUCAUUUUCCCCAUCAGUAAGUGAAGUAGAGUGUAAAGCCCUUGAUAGUUUUUUAUUGAUUUUACGACUCUUUAGAACAUUAAUAUUUCCUCUUUUUCUUUUGCUUGUAGGCUGGUUUCACUUUUAGCGCACCUGUAGCAAAGUUAGAACCUAGCAUGUCAAACGGGAAGCUGUCCACGACGAUAGCAGCAGCAGCAGGUGAGAGUUGCGUCACACAGCCAUGAUGCUGCUUCUACAACGUUUCCAAGAAAACAGACUGAGUGUUUAUAUUUUUAUGUUUUUAUCUUUUUUGACAGCCAAGCCAGCAACGAGCAAAAGCACAGAGGAUUUUGAAGGACCUUUCAAACCAGCCAAAACCCUGAAGCAAGGCAGUGUGCUGGAUCUUCUCAAAGCACCUGGUGUGGAUCUAUAUCUCAUUUUACCAUUACAGUGUCUGUUUUGUGUUGUUUGGGUUUACAGAGUUGUUCAGUGUUUUAAUCACAAUAUUUCCUCUGUCAAGGCUUUGCCUCACCCGUCUCCCGGACUUCACCAAACCCAGAUGACGCUCUGCAGCAGACCACCACACAGUCGACCGCUGCCACCUCCUCCUCUUCUUUCACCACCUCAACCACCUCCUCCUCCUCCACCCUCCCUCCUUUAACAGGGUUCGGGGCUUUAGUUAAAACCCCACCAGGCUGGAGCUGUGAUGUCUGUUUGGUGCAGAACAAGCCCUCAGACACCAAGUGUGUGUGCUGUAUGGCCCCACAGCCUGCCUCCUCUUCAUCCAAAUCUACAGACUCUAAGCCGUCAGCGGCCACUUUGGUGGGGCUAGAGAGCAGCAGCAGCACCAACACAACCUCCUCCACCACAAGCACCACAGGUUUCGGCACAGCGUUCUCCAAACCUGCAGGAACUUGGGACUGUGAUACGUGUCUGGUUAUAAACAAAUCUGAUGCAGUUAAGUGUGUGGCUUGUGAAACGGCCAAACCUGGGACAGGACUGAAACCCUCACUGACUCUUCCUUCUGCCUUUUCUGCUGCUAAGACUGUUUCCACCCCAACAGCCCCCGUUUCUACAGGAUUUAUUGGAUUUGGAGACAAGUUCAAAAAACCCGAGGGUGCUUGGGAGUGUGAUACUUGUUGUUUACAAAACAAGGCAGAGGACACAAAGUGUGUGGCCUGCUGCAGCGCUAAACCAGGUAACCAAAGUGUGGCCGUAAUUAAUUUUGGAUAUACUGCCAAGUCCUGAAUCUCUGAGCGAACAACACAUUUAAGGGAGAUUUCCUCAAAGGAAAACCUGAUUGUUUUUAAAAGCCAGAUUUGAUUUUACUUCAUGUAUUUUCUUUUCUUCUCCUCACAACAGGGGCAUCCACGGGUUCUGCAGCAGCAGAGGGCUCCUCUUCAGUCAGCGCUGCUCCAGUGUUUGGGCUGGGAGAUGCAUUCAAGAAGCCAGAGGGCAUCUGGGAUUGUGAUGUCUGUCUUUUGCAAAACAAAGCUGCUGAUGUGAAGUGCGUCGCCUGUCAAGCAGCCAAACCUGGAGCAAAGGUGGAGCUCAAAGGUAACGGGAGCGACCUACUUUCAGGAUUCGCAUUAGAAUAGAAAAAAUAAAUGACUUGAGACACAGUGUCGCUCGAAUUUUGAAAUGAGGCCCCCUUAGCGUUUGUAGCAGAAUUGUGUAGGAGGUAGUUUUGUUUCAUUUUCUUACGUUUAUGCAUUUGUGUAGUGAGAUAUUAUUUUUCUCCUGGAAUAGGAGCUGCUGUAUCAGUGUUCUGCAUUUCCUAAAAAUGUCAGGAUAACCACAUAGGAGCUGAGAAACAACCUGUACCUCAGUGACUCAGUUCACCCUCUUAUUUUGUUGUCUUUGUCUCUACAGCUUUUGGAGAUUCAAGCUCCUCUACUACUGGAGGGUUCAAGUUUGGCACAUCAGAUAGUACCUUGGGGUCUGGAUCUGGAGGGUUCAAGUUUGGCACAUCAGACAGUACCUCAGGGUCCGGAUCUGGAGGGUUCAAGUUUGGCACAUCAGACAGUACCUCUGGGUCCGGAUCUGGGGGUUUCAAAUUCGGAGGCUCGUUUUCAGAGUCCUCUUCAUCAUCAGGUGGAUUCAAAUUUGGAAGCUCCACGUCAGAAGCCACCUCCAAAGACGCUGCUGCUGCAUCAGGGUUCAAAUUUGGCAGCUCAUCUGAGGGCUCGAAAUUGGAUGACAAGAAGUCAAACCCAGAACCUGCUGCAAGUUGGUCCAAGUUUGGUACCGCUGGAGGUAUAGUGUUUGGAACCGGAUCAUCUAACACAGAAAGUAACUCCUCUAAGGGUGGCUUCACUUUUGGUCUGUCAAAACCAGAGGAGAAAACAUUAGAUACCACCUCCUCCACCACCACCACCACCACCUCAUCCUCUGUUAGUUUCACUCCUUCUGCUCCCUCUCAAGAAAAGAGUGACAGUGUGGACUCUUCAAACACCACAUCAACAGUCACCAACUCAUCCACAACCGCUACAACUACAGCUGGCUCUGUCUUUGGGGAUAUCGCCGAGUCCACCUCGGCAACUACCAACACCACCACCACCACACCACAAGGGGGCUCCACAUUUGGCUCCUUACAGGCAGACAAACCGCAAGCUGCUCCCACGUUUAGCUUUGGGAAGCCGGAGGAAAAGAAGGAAGCGGCUGCCUCGGCUCCCUCCGCCUUUGUCUUCGGUGCUGCGAGUAAAGAUGCAGACGCUGCGCCAGCGCCGGCUUCUACAGGUGGCUUCUCCUUCAGCAAGCCCAGCGCUCCAACGCAGCGACCUCCGCCUCCGUUUACCUUUGGAAAGCCUGCAGAUAAGAGUGAAACUUCAACAGCGGAGGCCUCAAAGCCCUCUUUUACCUUUGGGCAAAGUGCUACAGGUGACAGUUGCCGUCUCUCUUAACCUGUCCUAUCAAACAAUAAUGUAGACUUUCAGGGCGUAGAUGCUGCAGCAGGGUAGCUCAAUAUUUCAGCACAGACUGAGUCUUAUUCUUGACUGCUCAUUUCAUGUUUUUUUUUUCUUUGUUUUCCAGAUUCUUCUGCUGCUGCUCAAAAACCAGCAUUUUCCUUUAUGGUGAAUAAUCCCACUAACAGCACUGACUCUACCACCCAGUCCUCCUCCACCCCCACACCAAGUCUGUUUGGCACCUCCACCACCACCUCCACCAGCAGCAGCAGCAGCGGCUCUACUCAGGCUCCAGCUCCCUCAGCAGCACCCAGCGCUUUCGUGUUCGGUCAGCCCGCUGCAGCUUCUGGGGACGGUCCUCCUGCCAAGGCAGCCUUUGUCUUCGGUCAGAAUCAGGACAGCCAGCCUCCAGCUCCGUCAGCUGCUCCUCUUAACUCGACCCCAGCCCCUGCCCCGGCUCAACCCUUCAUCUUUGGUGCUCCUGCCAACGCGCCUGCUGCUGCUCCAUCCUUCAGUUUUGGAGCAGGAGCGCCCUCUGCUGACUCAUCUUCAGGUCUGGAUUUGAUUUGAGUGCUGACAUGAUGAAUGAAUUAACAAUUACAAAUACUAUAUUUGAUUUCGUUCUUUAUUUUUGGUGUCAAAUCUCUGAUGUCCAUGACCAUCCCUGUUUCUCUCCAGCUCCAUCAGCUGCCCCCUCCCCAUUUGUUUUCAGCCCUGCCUCUUCUGCUGCAUUCGGGGCCAACCAGACCCCUUCAUUUGGCUCAUCCUUUGGAUCCCCCUUUCCAGCAACGCCCUCACAGCCCCCUGCCUUUGGGGCCAAACCCAACUCCACACCUGUCUUUGGUCAGCAGGCCAACUCCACACCUGCAUUUGGGGCAACUACAAAUUCUGCACCGAGUAAGUGACUAGAAAAGUACAUUUGCAGCUUUUGUGAAUAAUCUGUACACCAUCGAGUUUUGUUGUUGUAAGAACACUGAGGUCACGUUCAAACAUGCAAAUGUGUUGACAUUAAUCAGGUGGAGGAUUUCAGUUCGGAGCAGCUAGUGCAUUUGGAGCCACAAACAACACCUCAGGUGUGUUUACUUUUGGAGGAGGAUCAGCACCCUCUCCUGCCCCCCCUGCCAACCCGUCAACAGCACCAGGAGGAGGAUUCAACUUUGCACAACCUACGUUCAAUGCUUGGUAUGUUAUGCAUUCCAAGUCAACACAUAUGCUGACCCCCAAUUUCCACCGCAACUGGAAUGGCUACGAAAAGGCCGUAUCCGCUGAUCGUAGCUGAUCGUAACCAUUCAAGUUAAUCUUUCAAUUUCCACCAGCUUCUUUCCUUUCUGCAGCUGAUCGCAAGAGUUCUAUGUUUUCCGGAUGCCAGAUAAAUUCAGCACAGAUUAACCUGUGCUGGAAAGGAAGCCGGGCACAGACGCAAAACAAAACAUCCGUCUUCUUUUCAAAAUAAAACACUCCGUGUUUUAGGCGGAUCAUAUUUCACAUCAUGUAAACGGGCGGGGACGAACAAGUGAAAGGUUUAUAGACAGCAUUUCAACCCGGUAACACCAUGGAUGAGGAGAUGUUGAUUUUAUAAGUCUAGAAGUAGAUUUCAUCCUCUGGAAGGACACAAUCUUAUAUGGUUAGCCCUUGUGGCUAAAGACGACUUGUUGUCGCGCAGUUGCAUGUGAAUCCGUGGGUUCUUGUGAGUUCUCGCGAUUCCUGCUGUCUGUAAUCCGCCAUGAAAUUCGCCUCACAAACAGAUCUGGUACGAUUUGGCGUAUUGCGAAAAUCCCAGCCGUUCCAGAUCGCUGCACAGAUGGUAAAUGUAAUUAAAUUUUUGUAUUUGCUCUUCAGGUCAACAAGAUCCUUCCCAGCCUCUCCUGCUGGACAACAAGCAAUCGCUGGGCGCAAGAUCAAGACAGCGGUGCGGCGCAGGAAGUAGAGCCCCAUGGACUCGACUUUAAAGAAGACUUGACUUUGACUGACUGUUUGUUUUACUUACUGAAGGCUGAAUAAAGCUCCAGAAGGUCUGCACUGGACU